GAUAACGCGAUUCCUCUUAGAGAAGAAAAAUGUCAAAAUCAGCAAUCGAUGAAUUGCAAUCAGUCUACUGAAGAAGAACAAUCGUGUUCGCUAUCAGAACAACAAAUUUUUGAUCAACAAUUUAUUCAAGAAGAGCAAAUUCUUCUAGUUGACACUGAAAAUUUACAGCCAACAGGACUACUAUUGGAGCAGUCUGUUGAGCCAUCAGUUUCCCAAAUGGAAUGCGAUGAGAUUAUACCAAAUGAAGUGUUGCUAGAGCAAACUGCAUCAUCUUUAUCUGCAGUUUCAUUAGCUUUACCAAAUGAAUUGUCACUAGAGCAAGUAGUAUCAUCGUUUUCGGCAGUUCUACCAGAACGUUGGUGUUACUAUGUACAAUCAUCGGAUAUGAUUUUGAUUCAUCUCGAUGUAGGUAGCUUGUUGGAAAAAUUAAGAUUACGAGUAACAGCUGAUCUUUCUGUUACGCUUGUAAUGCCACAUCGAUCAGAAAUAAUUCUCACUGAUCGUGUAUCAUCUAUGGAAGAAUUGUACGCAUCUAUGCGUAAAGCAGAAUCACUCACAAUUUGUUGCGGAACAUUAUUUGAUGAAAUAGCAAGAGAUAUUGCAGCAAAAAUUAAUGACAGCCAAAAACGGUGUAGUGAACGUUCUGAAAAAAUUUUAAAAGAGCAACUGACGCAAUUGCCAGAGUCGCAACAGCUUGCUGUUUGGAGUUGUUUUGAAGCUGCUAAACAUAAAAAGGUCAAAGGCCGAGAUACGAUUUAG